UUCACCUGCUUCCUCGACCGGACAUCACCUUGCGAUAUAUAACCAAAUCCCUAGAGGAGCUCCAAACCUCCCAAAACCCCCCCAGCCGCCACGUCGCCGCCGAAAGCGCCGCCACCGCGGAUUCGAGGGUCAGAGAGUCAGAGAGAGGGAGGUAGAGGCGAUCAUGAACUUUAGGAACGUCAGGGUGCCGAAUGUCCCCGGAUCGGGAGCGGCGGGGACGCUGGUGAAGGUCGCGCUUAUCGGUGGCACCGCCGUCUACGUUGCUCUCAAUAGCCUUUACAAUGUCGAGGGUGGACACCGCGCGAUCGUCUUCAAUCGCAUCCAGGGCAUCAAGGACAAGGUCUACCCUGAGGGAACCCAUUUGAUGAUUCCGUGGUUUGAAAGGCCAAUCAUUUAUAAUGUUCGUGCGCGUCCCCAUCUUGUCGAGAGUACAUCUGGCAGUCGUGAUCUUCAAAUGGUAAAAAUUGGGCUUAGGGUUCUUACUAGGCCACUUCCUGACCAGCUGCCCACCAUCUACCGAACUCUUGGGGAAAACUACAAUGAAAGGGUACUUCCUUCAAUUAUUCAUGAAACUUUGAAGGCUGUGGUUGCUCAAUACAAUGCUAGCCAGCUGAUCACACAAAGAGAGGCGGUGAGUCGGGAGAUACGGAAGAUCUUGACUGAGAGGGCCCGAAACUUUAGCAUUGCUUUGGAUGAUGUGUCCAUAACGAGCCUGAGCUUUGGAAAGGAGUUUACUAAUGCAAUCGAAGCCAAGCAGGUUGCUGCACAGGAAGCAGAGCGUGCUAAGUUCAUUGUUGAAAAGGCAGAGCAAGAUAAGAAAAGUGCUAUUAUCAGAGCACAGGGUGAGGCCAAGAGUGCCCAGCUCAUAGGUCAAGCAAUUGCAAACAAUCCAGCAUUUCUUGCUCUGAGACAGAUUGAAGCUGCACGGGAGAUAGCUCAUACAAUUGCGAAUUCAUCUAACCGUGUCUUCCUGCAGUCUGAUGAUCUACUGCUGCACCUGCAGGAGCUGAAUUUUGAGAGCACAACUAAACCGAAGAAAUGAGAAGUGCGAUUGUCUCCUGAUGUAUAUAUCAGGAGAACCGAGAUACUGGAAGACUAAUAUGGUUCCGAAAGAGUUGAGAUAAAUUCUGUCUUUUGACGAAAAGAAACCAGAAGUCAAUCAUCAAAACUGGAACUUCAAUGUCAUUCUUCAAUUCUGAUUCCAUCAGAUGAGAUCUGCAUCACGUUGUGAUUCCAAAAUAUCAUCUGAAACUGGA